GGUAGUGUAGUGCCGGGAGCAAAGUACAAAACGCGUCGAAUGCCUACUGUACUGAGGGCAGAAGUUACCUAGUCGCUGGGCCGAGAUGUUUACUUUCGCCGAUUUCUUGGCUGGUUGGAACGCUGGUGAUGAUCCCAUGGUUGCUGUCAAGCUGCAUGCAGAUUCUUUCAACUGGGACUGAUUUUCUCUGGAAGUGGACAAUAGACAGACAGCUCAUAGAGGAUAUGUGGCAUUGUAAUUGGGCACCCAGCAGACACAAUAAAAGUGCGUCAACAGUUAAUGGGUGAUACAGGCCUAGUGGAUGUUAUCAGACGGACAUACAAACAUGAAGGGAUAAGAGGAUUUUACAAAGGAAUGGCUUUUCCAAUCAUAUCAGCUGGUGUGUUGAAUGCAUUAUUUUUUGGAUCUUAUGGAAACACACUUAAAGUACUCGAACCUCAAGGUAUUCAAGCUGAGGAGAAAACUAAAAAACAGAAUGUUUGGAAUUGGAAUGUCUUUACUGCAGGCUGUAUUACAGGCCUGUUGCUGAGUGUUGUUAACUGCCCUAUUGAAGUACUGAAAAUAAAGCUUCAGUCGAAGACAGGACUUCCAUCAAUUUGGAAAAUGCAAUAUGAAUCUAAGUACAGUGGUGUUAUUGGAUCUGUACGAGGACUUUAUAAAGAUUAUGGAUUCAAAAUAUUUUAUAAAGGAUACCGCUGUACAAUCUACCGAGAUGUUUUUUCAUCUGGUAUAUACACAGCUGUAUAUGAAGCAUUGAGUGCCACGAAUAAUAUUCAACAGAAAUCUGUAUCAAGCAUAAUAUUUGCAGGUGGAAUGGCAGGUAUGCUGUCUUGGAUUAGUAUUAUACCACUUGAUGUGAUGAAGUCAAGGAUCCAGGCAGACAACCCUGAUAAUCCAAAGUACAAAAGUUUAGUGGAUUGUUUCAUCAAAAGUUAUCAAAGUGAUGGAUUGAAAGUAUUUUUUAGAGGUUCCUGUAUGACAAUUAUAAGGGCAUUUCCUGUCAAUGGUGCAACAUUUCUUGGGCUAGAAAAAAGUUUACAAUUUUUCGAAAGUAUUUAUCUUGGACAACAAAUAUGCAAUAAAUAAUCAUUGUAUCAGUGAAUAAUAAUGUUUACCUUUCAUUAAAAAUAUCAAGGUCUCAGUAUUUACGGGAAAUAAUUUCAGUGUAAGAAAUUUAAUUUUAUAACACUGUUAAGCAGUUUUCCUCAAGACUACUAUAACUGCUUAGACAAAACAUUGCAGAAAGAAUAUAGAAAGACAGCAGAUCAAUAACUAGGUCACCUCUCUGUCAUUUUCCUUAUCUCUCUCUUGAUAAUGGAUUAUUUGCUAAUUGUACCAUCAUAGAUUUUUGAACUUGAUUAUUUAUGGUUUUGUAUUUUGUACAUAAAUGCUUUUAGAAUAUUAGUGUUGGCAAAUAUUUAUUUAAACAUAUCUGAAUUAUUAUG